AAUUAGUUACUCAAUACGCGCAGAAUAACCAACAUGUCGACGGCAACCACAGCUGAGAGACUUGAUGCUGCCAUAGCGGAGUUCUUUUCGUCAUGGAACAUCUACAGCACGCUACUCGUCCUCUUGCUGGUGGUCUUUCUCACCUACCCAUUGCUUACUGGCAGAGAGCCUGACACUCAUCCCUUCCUUCUCGCCCGACAGGCACAGAUAGCCCCAAUCCGACACUCUGGUGAGUCCGCCGUCUAUCGAGCCAUCGACAUGCCACAUGGUUAUCCUCUUCGUGCGGGUCUGGGAGUCAAAGACCCAGGCACGCCUAGAUGGAGUUCAGGCCGGCCAGGCGAUCUCCGCGACAUAUGGAGAGUCGCUGUCCGUGGUGCUGUCAAAGAAGACGGCACACCAACAGGCGAGAAAGGCAAGAUCCUGACCGUCCUCGGGAGUGAGAAAGUUCUCGACCAUCAAUUUGAGGAUCUCACUCUGGGAAUCAACGCGAUUGGUCAGUAUGUCAAGCGAAACAACGGACAGAACGUCGCUGUGUGUCUCUCAAAUUCGGUGGAGAUGUUGUCCGCAAUUUUCGCUGGUUCAUUCUAUGGCUUUUCGACUAUCUUGCUUCCGUACGGUCUGCCACAGGACAAGCUCAACUCGCUUCUCGCAAAGACUUCGGCAGACCAUGUCAUUGCAGAAGCCGGUGUGCUCGACCUUGACGGCCUGCAUUCAGUCAACAAAGCCCUCAAGAACGUCAUCUGGGUCACUAAGGCGGGCAGUCAGCAUAUGGACUGGUCUGGGGAUGCUCCCGAUGGCUUCACUGUUAAUUCAUGGAAUGAUUUGGUAGAAAAGAACAACCGUAGUGCCACUUCUGAGGUCUUACCCUUGGACAAAGACUCUCAAGUUCCACCAGUGUCAGUCUUCUGCCCAGCACCUAACGGAACGUAUGAUCUGGUCAAGUAUACCUCUGAAAACCUCAUCUCAGGCAUUGCAGCGCUUCUAGCGACGCUCGUCCGAGCUUACAAGCUAACACCAGCCGACACACUCCUGCCAACCACGAGCCUCACGGACAGCUACACGCUGUGCUGGACUCUAGCAGCACUAUACUCGAACGCUUCGAUCGCCUUGAACUCCGUUGCCGGCGACAAAAUCGACCUUCUUGCUGCCACCGCUCAGAGCAAGCCGACCAUUGUGAUCGCCGCACCCGCGACUGUUCAGAAAUACCUCUUGAGCCCCGCGACCAAUCUGCCAGCUGGCUUGUCAAAGUGGAGGUCCACAAGAACCCUUCAAGCGGGAAAUCUACCAUCCGACCCCAGCGGACCGUUGGCUUUGUCUAAAUUGAGAGUCAUGUUCAUUCCACAGUCUACGUCUCUGCCAGCCAACACUCGUCUGUCAUCCUCGGCUAUGCAUAUCCUGCGUACACAUCUGCACGCUCGGAUUGGGUACGCCCUUACCACGCCAUUCGUCGCAGGGGCCGUUGCGCAGACGAACAUCCUCGACUACCGUGACAAGGGCAAGCAAGUCUGUGUGGGCGCACCAAUGAGCUCCAUCGAGUUGAGUCUUGCUGGUGAUGAGGAUGUGGUGGGCUCUCAUUCUCCGAAGGGAACGGUUAAUGUCAAAGGACCGGCGGUGGUAGGUGGGAAGAUCAGUCUUGACAUCCAAGCACAGAUCGACGACGACCAUACACUACUGUUGCUCUGAGAUAAUCUAUCUGUGAGUGGCCUCUUGGACGCUCACUGGGAAAGUCCUUCAUGAUGUGCCUGGGUAUACAGCCGGCAGGUGGAUAGAUAAAAUUUAUUCCUACAAGGCUGUGGGGUUUCCCAAAUCGUGAGCUUUCUUUUGUGAUGCAGAGUUACCAUUCCUGCAAUCUGUUCAAGGUCCUUUUGCAGUGUAUCAUCUGGCAGCAACUGCCCCCACAUAACGUAUUCUACACUAUGCUUUUCACA